AUGAUUUGGCCCUCUGUUAAAACGCAUUGGUUCCUGAAUCUUAUACCGCCCGGCUACAAAGUCUCGACAAAAUACGAUUUGCCCACUGGCUAUGCAUUAGCCUAUGUGCCGCCGAAUGCCAUUGUGCAGCCUACCUCUUCCAGGGAUGAAAAUGACUCUUCACACUGGAAGUCAGAAGAGAUCGUGUCUUCUAACAGUCUCGUAUCUCCAUUAAUCGCCAUUCUGCAAAUAUUCUAUGCAUCAGCCACUCUAUAUCAGUCUCGUGGCUACCAAAUUGCCCGAUAUGGAUACGCUGCAUUCGGUUUCACCGUAUUGCCGUAUCUAGUCAUGUCUUUCAUCAAUCUUCUUGGUCGUGUUCUCACUCCCACAUAUCCAGACCUCUACCUGGUUCGAACUGAGAUUAUGGACGAGGCCAUUCACCGCGGGGGGCGUUUUGACAACAUAGUGGGCUCGCUCUUGAGCGAUCCUCUGCCAGUGAAAGAUUUGUUUGUGUUUUCUGGAGUUUUCAAGAAUCAGUACCAGGGUCUAUGGGAAUUUCAACCAUCGUCUAAGGUCUAUAAAUCCGGGGAGAUUGAGCCGUCCACCAAUGAGAGGUUGAGAUCAGCACAAACGCAGGAUACCAUACAUCCGGUGGCAAAGGGAGGCAUCCAUCCCCCAUCGAAGCUACUCCACAAGGAUACACAUAAGUCUUCUGCCUCAUCACAAAACGAAGACGAUGAAGAUGAAAAUGUUCUUAUUUGCCCGAGAUGCUACAACUUCAAAGUUUCCGAGAUCAAGGAAUUGCCUCGGCUUUUUAAAGGGAGGAAAAUUCGCUUGAGCUACAUUCUAUUUUCCAUUUCUUUACUGGUAAUUAUCACAAUGCCACUUCUGGUCAUUGGAGUGAUGUCCCGCUUCCAACCAGGUGAAAGCACAAUAGCUCAAAGAGUUUGGAUUCUGGGCUGGCUUUUAGUUGGAAUGGUGGCAAUCAAUAAUCCCUUUUGUGUUGAUUUGAUUAUCAUUGGCAUUGAUAACGUUAAAUCCCGCCUGACUCGGAGACGCCAUCUGCAAACUCAUGAGUCAGGCCCUAGUGACCGAGAAAGACGGCAUUACCGGCAGGGCAUCAAGAUUUAUGCCAGCUUGGUUUUGUGGAUUUGCAUGUAUCUUGGCUUUCUAGCCACACCAGCCAUUGGCCGCUUUGUCGUGGUUGGCCAAAUGCUCCAUGAGUAUGGUUCUUGCCUGAGCCUUGAAUGA